AUGGAAGUCCCAGAAAUAAAUAUGGUUACUCCUGUUGAAGAAAGUCCAUCGAUCGAUUUGAUCAAUAAUUUCUCAGAAGAUAGAUAUGAUGUAUGGAAGCUUUCUCUAAUUGGUAGGCUUGAUUUUUUGAGAAUCAAGUUUGUUGAUGUUGUUACGAGUUUGAAAAAUCAAUGGAAAUUAACUGGUAAAUGUAAAAUGAUUCCUCUGGGAAAGGGGUUUUUCACAAUCAAAUUGGAGAAUAUGGAAGAUAGAAAUACAAUCAAAGCUGGUAAAUGGGAAGUCCUUGAUCAAGUUUUAAGGAUUCGAAAUUUGAUGCCUAAUUUUAGACCAGAGAAUCAAAGAACAUCCUUAGCUAUGGUUUGGGUUCAUUAUCCUGGUCUCAGUCUGGAAUAUUGGGAUGAAAAAACUCUUUUCACCAUUAGCAGUGCAAUUGGAACACCAGUAAAAGUUGAUGAAGUCAUUCUGAACUAUGAGAAUGGUCUAUAUGCAAGAGUUCUGGUGGAAAUUGAUUUAGAAAAAAAGAUUCCUCAUAAACUUUGGAUUAAGACCAAAUAUAGAGGCUUUAUGCAGAGUGUUCUACUUACAAAGCUUCCUAAAUUUUGUCCAAAUUGUCAAAUUAUUGGUCAUACUCAGCCAGAGUGCAUAGCAAAGAAGAAUUCAAAUCAAGAAGCAACAGAGAAUCAGAAAGCAGGUCGUAUGCCUACAUCAAAUUUUAAUGUGACACCAAUCAAAAUUAUGGAGAAAUUUGAUAUAUGUGAAACACACCAGUGA